CCUAGUCAACAAGCGCCAUAAUAAUACCUGAAGAUUUCCUUCUCAUAUCUUUGAAAUCCCAAAAAAUGAUGAACCCCUUGCAUCCAUUUGGCGAUGAAGAUUUGUUCUUCCAAAUUUCAUUUCUGAAUCGUUCUCCUCCCUCAAUCCAAACAAUCCCAGAACAUGAGAUCUUUCACGAUCCUGCAGAAGUGAAGCAUCACGAAAGCUUUCCACCUAAUUUUGGAAGUGAAGUAAUACCAAAGGGGAAAGGCAAGCAGAAGCAAAAGGAAUUUUCUGUUAAAAUUGCUGAAGAUGCUAACAAGAAAUGGAUGCAUAGAGAGACAGAAAGACAAAGGAGACAAGAAAUGGCCACGCUUUGUGCCUCCCUCAGAUCGGCUUUGCCGCUCGAAUAUAUCAGGGGAAAGCGAUCCGCAUCAGAUCACAUUGAUGGCGCUGUGAAAUAUAUCAAACACCAAAAGAACAAGGUGAAGCAAUUGAAGGAAAAGAGGGAUGAGUUAAUGAAAAAUGGACACGGAAUCUCAGUUAUUGUUCAUCCUUACAAGGGUGGAGUUGAGAUUAUGUGCAGUUAUAGCUUCAGAGAGUACGUAUUUGCGCAGUCAACGCUCUUGAGUAUUUUGAUUAAAGAAGGGCUUAAUGUGGUGAGCUGCACUUCCAUCAAAAGGGAUGAGAUGUUCAUUCUCACCAUUCGAUUAGAGGAGUCUGAUAUCUCUGAGAGUACUACGGAUUAUUCUGAACUGCAAAGAAAGCUGACUGCAGUAAUAUUAUCUACACAAUACAGAAAGACUGCAUCCGAACCAGUAAACUGCUGAUGAUAUAUGUCGUUGCGAAGAAAGUCACUGAUUUUGGACUUUACUAAUUGGAGCCAGCUGUAAUAAAAAUCAUUUCUGAUGUAUAGAGUGCAUUUGAAUAAAAGGGGAAAGUUUCUUAGCGAGAAUAUGCAUCUGCAUGGUUUCGUUGACUAAUAUCUUUUCCAUGUAAGUUACAAACCAUGUUAUGCUUAUGUGAAUAUAUCAUGUACUAGCUGGCUACGUCUUGAAAGUUUUGUGCAUUGAUUGAACUCUCGCAGGGAAGUUAUCCGUGCUGUCGACUUUUGGUUGUUACUGCUUAAUCUUGCAGUGGUUUUAAAGCUGGUUUGUAACCCAACAAACAAAAGUUCAGCUAGUAUUUUAAUCUUCCGUGACUGCCCAAUCCAUGCAACGAAAAAGAAAUAGGCAGUAAGACACAUCAUUGUUCACUUUUUUGGGA